AUAGACGACACAAGAAUACGGUAAAAAAAGAAAAAAGAUGAAGAUUGCGCGCAUUUCAGUGACCUCCAGAUGUCUCUCACUCCUUCGCUUGCCUUCGACGGACAUGCUGCCAUCUGCGUUUCUCUGCUUCCUCUUUAGCUGCGUCCUCCUUGGACAAGCAGCGGAUCGGCCUAUCACGAGAACUCUCUACCUAGACAACGGUUACGAUGCUGGUACAUGGGGUGAGGUCGAAUAUUGCGAAGAUGGGUCCUUUGUCACGGAUAUCGAAGUUGCCUACAAAGAUCACACACUGCUCGACGUCGACGAAAACGCUGUGAACACCGUCAAGCUGUACUGCGCCACAACGGAUGGCGUCAUGACCAACUACGUCACGUCGACCGUUGGGAAGGAAGGGGAGUGGAAAGGAAUGAAUUCAUGCAGUGACGGAAGUCUGAUGACUGGCAUGAGGGCCAAGGUCAUGCCGAAUCUGGGACUUAUAGGAGACGACGAAGCUGUGCAGAAUGUGGAGAUGGAAUGCGAAGGAGGGAGCACUGUCUUGGCCAUGCCCGAAAAGCAGAAUAGCACCAACUGGAGUAGCUGGGACAGUUGUGGAAAGGGUUCUGCCGUGUGUGGAAUUAGGGUUCGUUAUGAAGCCCCCAGUGCCAUUGACGACGACGUAGCAAUCGCUGACAUGACGAUGUAUUGCUGUUCUGUCAAGUAGAUUGAACACACUGGAGCUGGCAGUGAUUUCCGAAGGCUCUGUCAGAGUGAUUAUUGAAUAAAAGCAAGGAAUUCCA